CCAUGGCGGCCCGGCUGCGCCGCACGCACGCCGGCGGAAGGCCGCUGAUGUCAGUUGCAGUCAGAAAGCUCACACGCUCCGUUUUAGGUUUUUUUCCUUGUAAUUACGGGACGCCGGGGAGCUCCUCCCCGGCCCCUCCCACCAGCCCCCCACCCGAAACAGAGGCCAUAAAUCCCCGGGCCUCUGCGGGGCGAAGGCGUGAGCUCGCGUAGGGCUUGGGGCAGCCGCGUGGCGUGGGUGUGAGCGGGGAGCGGAGGCGCCGCCUCGCGCGUUCCGUUAGCUGGGGCAGCCGUUCGGCAGCCGGUCCCCGGGAGCUCGUCGUUCGUCGCCGGCGAUGGAUGCCAAAAAGAAAAUCACAGCACCCCUUAUCUAUGCUGUUUCCAUUGCUGCCAUUGGAUCUCUCCAGUUUGGGUACAACACUGGUGUCAUCAAUGCUCCUGAGAAGAUCAUCCAGAGGUUCUUCAACAGAACCUUGUCAGAACGGAAUGGGGAAGUUGUCUCCCCAGAGCUCCUCACCUCUCUGUGGUCCCUUUCUGUGGCUAUCUUCUCGGUAGGAGGUAUGAUUGGCUCCUUCUCAGUCAGCCUGUUUGUCAACAGAUUUGGCAGGAGGAACUCCAUGCUACUGGUGAAUGUCUUGGCCUUUGCUGGUGGUGCUCUCAUGGCCUUCUCCAAGAUGGCAAAGUCAGUAGAGAUGCUGAUCAUUGGCCGCUUCAUUAUUGGCCUCUUCUGUGGUCUCUGCACUGGCUUUGUGCCCAUGUACAUCAGUGAGGUCUCACCUACCAGCCUUCGUGGAGCCUUUGGCACCCUUAACCAGCUGGGCAUUGUUGUGGGCAUCCUGGUGGCCCAGAUCUUUGGUCUGGAAGGAAUCAUGGGGACUGAAGCACUUUGGCCACUGCUUUUGGGGUUCACAGUUCUCCCAGCAAUCCUGCAGUGUGUGGCUCUUCUUUUCUGCCCGGAGAGCCCUCGUUUUCUGUUGAUCAACAAGAUGGAAGAAGAGAAAGCACAAGCAGUUCUCCAGAAGCUCCGUGGUACACAAGAUGUGUCUCAAGACAUCCUGGAGAUGAAAGAAGAGAGUGCUAAGAUGUCCCAGGAAAAGAAAGCUACUGUGCUAGAACUCUUCCGUUCUCCAAACUACCGCCAAGCCAUUAUCAUUGCCAUCAUGCUGCAGCUUUCCCAACAGCUCUCGGGCAUCAAUGCUGUAUUCUAUUAUUCUACAGGGAUUUUUGAAAGAGCUGGUAUCACACAGCCUGUGUAUGCCACCAUUGGAGCUGGUGUGGUAAACACUGUCUUCACUGUUUUGUCGCUGUUCCUGGUGGAACGUGCAGGACGCAGGACCCUCCAUUUAGUUGGCUUGGGUGGAAUGGCUGUGUGUGCUAUUCUUAUGACCAUCGCUUUAGCUCUGAAGGAUGUUGUGGAGUGGAUCAGAUACAUCAGCAUUGUUGCCACUUUUGGCUUUGUGGCUCUUUUUGAAAUUGGCCCUGGCCCUAUCCCCUGGUUCAUCGUGGCAGAACUCUUCAGCCAGGGCCCACGGCCUGCAGCCAUGGCAGUGGCUGGUUGUUCCAACUGGACCUCUAAUUUCUUGGUGGGAAUGCUCUUCCCUUAUGCAGAGAAACUAUGUGGCUCCUAUGUUUUCCUCAUCUUCCUUGUUUUCCUGGUCAUCUUCUUUGUCUUCACAUUCUUCAAAGUGCCGGAGACCAAGGGCAGGACUUUUGAAGACAUCUCCAGGGGCUUUGAAGGACGAGCCAGCCCCACAUCACCUGUAGAGAAGAACCCCAUGGUGGAGCUGAACAGCAUACAGCCUGACAAAGAAGUUGCCUAAGAUUCAUGACACACCCCUUCUUCGACUCUUACAUGCUUAAGGAGUCAUUAAAGGAAUGAGCAAAGAAAACCAUGAGAACUGGGACAUUUUUUCCCCCCCCCUCAAUUGCUGCUAUUUUCUUCUUUGCACCCACAUCCUCACCAUUUUGCCAGGCUUACCAGCAUUAAGCAAAUCUGAUAUGGGUGAUCCCAUUUUCAAGUACUGGAAGGCACAUGGCACUUGGCAAAAAUAAUCCCAUCUUCCCUGUCACAAACAUCAGGAGAACAGAGAAGAGCUGUUCAGAACAACAAAAAAAAUAUGUUCUUUUGCUUUUCUCACCUGUAAUUGCUGUUUGGGGUUAACAUACUAAAUGCACGUGGUGACCAUAUGUUUUUGAAUCUAACUUACUAUUUUUGUAGUGAGUUGAAGUGACCCACUAAACAAGUCCCUGGCCCUUUGAGUCCACUCUGUGUGCGUGUGUGCAGUGUUACACUGGAACUUAACAAGCCUACCAAAAAGCCAUCUCCUUGCUUUUUUCUCUCCAGUGUGCACUUUAUUUUAGCCUCAGGAAAAAGGGGACCAAGUUACGUCGAUAUUUUUCCUGCUCUUUUAUUUUUUUGUAUAGACAGACUGAAAGCAUACUUUUACUUGAGUUUAUUUAUUUGUAUGUCACUUUCUAGAUAUUUAUUUUUUUAAUGGUGUACAAAAAUGUACAGAUGAAAUUGAAGAUGUUUAAGAGAAAUAGCUAUUCUAACAAAAGAUGCUGUAGACCGGAAGUGCAAUAAGACUGUAAAGGAGAAAUGUGGUACUAAACAGGAGAUCGGGCAUUUUGGAUGGUAUGUACAACAGAGCCAAUUAUGCACAUCACCUUUAAGUUAUUUGUACCCUCUGGAAAGAAAUUCAGAGAAUUGCAUACAAGUGAGAAGUAUGGUUGGUUGUCCAACAAAAUCUCUUAUUUGGGAUUUUUUUUGGUGGCAGUUUUAACUAUUGUUCCCAAGUGUUGCAUGGAAAGUGUGGUAUUGCAGCAAAUGGGUGUUAGCUUAUAUUUUCAGUUAUGGUUAAGCAUUGUAUGGGAUGAUUGAGGGUGGUGAUUGCAAACCAGAAAGUAACUUUUCCUUCCUUCUCUUUAUUUUUUUUGGGGGGCUUCUCUGCUGUGUUCUAAUAGGUCAGAAGGUCUGAAAUUUGCAGAUUGUUACUUUAAGGUGUGAGGAUAAAAAUUAUUUUCCAAAGCUGUGUUUUCUUAGCAAUUGUUUUUAUAAAUAUUAGAGGCAUGUAACAAUGACCCUUCUGGACUCCGGCAUGGUCAGUUAUGGCAUGUGUUAAGUUCUUAAAGGUAAAGAUGCAGGACUAGAGACCAGAGCUACUGGAACUUGGUAGCAUACCAGUGUGAAAUGUCUGUAGUGCUCAGUCCACUGAUUGGUUGCAGGCCAGAUGUUUUGCCCCAUGUGUCCUCUCUGGAAGGUCUGCAUGAUGUUGAUGCUCACCAGUGUGCUGUGUACAGCUCUGUGAUAGUGCCCCUCUUGAAAGGGAUAUGGCAGACAGUAAUUGUACAUGAGUAAAUGAUCUCUCAGCUUGUCAUACUGCUAGGUGAUCCAGGGUAUGUAUAUAUACACCUACCCUUGCUGCUAAGCUAGCACCCUUCAGUUUAGGAAGGCAAAAAGUAGCAUGUAUACUUGGAGUCAAGGGGUGGGAGCUUUGCUUCACUGACUACCACACUCUGGCAAGAGAGACUCCAGGCCUGUGUCUCCAGACCUGCACAAGCUAUCUAAAUGUAGCACAGAGGUAGGCCAGGUUUAAACUUCUGCUCUUAAGAUCUGUGUUUUGGGCUUGAUAAAACUCAGGUCUACCUGCAAACUCAUGCUGGAGUUCAUUGAUGGAUAUCCUAGAAGAGAUGCAGGCCCACAAAUUCCAAGGUGGGUAAAAGGCAGAAAGGCAGGAAUGGCAGCAAAAUUGUUCUUGCAUGGACAGCUCAAGCUUUCUUGAUAACAUGCUGCUUCAGAGCAGGUCAGAGAUGUUCCUAUUGUAUAUUCUGGGGGCAUGUAUCUGGCAUUUUCAGUAACUAGUUAUGACAUUUCUACCUUCCCUAAUGAGAAACAGUUGCAAAGAUCAGUAAAACUGCUGCUGGGAAAUACUUCCUGUGACUUCAUUUGAAAUACUCCAGCUUUGUGCAAUGUGGUCCUAUUACAUCCAGUUUCCCCUAGCUUCCAUCAUAAUCGGGCUUCCGUGUCAGAUAUUUAAUCUCAGAUGUAUUAUAUAUGACUUCCAUAUUUUGGCUCACUUAUACAGAUUCUUGUACCCUUCCUCUGACCCUCCAGCACUUCCAGACAAGACAUUUCUGUAUGGGCAUCUGUAUGUUAGAAUUUCCCCUACAGCUGUGCAUAAGAGCUUUGCAUCAGAGAUGUGUGUUGGCUUGGACUGAAAUGUCUAGGUAAUUUCUCACAUGGUAUCUCUUUUUUUCUGUAACAGCAUUGUGAAUAUUUUGGAUGGGUUUUAUAGGCUUAUUAAUGUGGUUGUUUCCUGUUUUUAAAAUAAAAACUAUAGAACUAAA